CUGUCCCCCUCACCACAGCAUCAACACUUGGCUGCCUGGGUCGAGGAGGAGGUGUACUGUAUUAGUUUCUCGUCAAGUUUUAGUGAAUUACCAUGAACGCCCCGCCGACAUUCGAGUCAUUUCUUCUCUUUGAUGGAGAAAAGAAGAUCAUUAAAGAGGUUGACACUAAGGUGCCAAAUGCUGCCAUCUACACCGUCAACAAGGAGGACCACACGCUGGGUAACAUGAUCCGUCUGCAGCUGCUCAAGGACCCUAAUGUCAUGUUUGCUGGCUACAAGAAUCCUCAUCCCCUCGAACACAAAGUCGUGCUUCGUGUCCAGACGUCAGAUGCCAGCUACACCCCACACGAUGCCUUCAUGAAUGCCAUCACAGACUUGAUCUCGGAACUUUCACUGCUGGAGGAACGAUUCCGAGAAGCCAUACGAGAGAAGAAGGAAGGCUUUGACUAGGUCACAAUCCAAUAUUUUGUACCAAGGUUCCUCUAUCAUGUAAUGUACCUUCUCUCACAUCUUUCUAAGUUACAUCAUAAAAUCUUGGACACAAAAGCCAUCAGUGUUAGUUGUCUCAUUCUAGAAGGUAAAAAAUGUCAUCUCAUAACUGGUUUUAUCUAUUGUAAAACACAAACUUUAGUUUUUGAUAUUUUUGUGUGUAAAUGUUUUUUUCUGAGUCAGAGACAAUGGAUAUACAGUAUUCUGUCAUUAUGUUUGUGUACAACAGUUUUCUUUGUUAUAUACAGUAAUACCAUAUGAUAAAACCUUUAGAAUAAGUUGCCAAAAAUAUCAGUACAUCAGUACAUUUCAAAACAGCCAAAGUCAUUCAUAUUAAAACAAAACAUAGUCAUCAGUGUAAGAAGACAUGAUUGUAGAUAUUUAUCUUGUUGAAGGAGGAAGUUAAGAGUUCAGUUGGGGUGUCUCUACAAGUUGUGUUUGGUGCACAGUGUGAGCUGGUGAAAUAAAUAAAGAUAAUCAAAUUAAUAAAAGAAUGUUUGAGGAAAAGAAAUGUCUCAAAAUUGUUUGUUUGUUUUUAAUAUGGUUAAGAAAAUGUGAUUGUAUACAUUGUGAUAAAAGUUACCUUCUUGCUUCUUAAAACUCGACUCUAGCUCCUCUUCCACGCACCAGCUGAUGACACUUACUGAUGAUGUCUAUGUGCCUAAGGUUGUCAAUGUUACUUUGGAAAAAACUAGUUACUAUUGGUCAUUUCUCUUUCAAUGAAAUAAAAUAAUAUUUAUGUA